AUCACCGCUAGCUUGUGCAGCGUUCGGAGCACACGCUGUCCUAGCGCCGCUGCCCCCUCACAGUGGUGGUCUGCUUUAAUUACUGCUCCAUGAACUGGGUCGAAAAUUUCCAUUCUCCCUGUCGUUUGUCAUCAGCUGUUUGACCUUGGCCAAGGACGUUUCCUCAGGUGAGACGUCCAGCUUCAUCCGUAACCACGCAUAUGCCCGAGAGUCGGUUCGAUGUCUGCCUCGGGCCCCACCUCUUCUGCCUCCACUGCUGCCUCCGUGCCAGAGGGUUUCCAUUAUGAAACCAAGUACAUCGUGCUCAACUACCUGGCCAUGCUGCCCGUUGGAAGAUCACGCCCCCGGACCUUUCCUCAAGGAGACGGGCAACACGAGAGGGAGAGGCACACAAUGAUAAGGGAACACGAGGAAGAGCUGAGACAUCUGGAUGACGAAAUCGCUGCAUCUCUUUCCACGUCGGGCUUCGACCGGCACGCGUCGCCGGUGUUUCAUCCCACCGUCCCGGAGGCGGCGAUCGAAGACUGCCUCGCCGCGAUGGGAGACCGUGUGGCCGCACAGCUCGACCCGCAGCUGGCAGCAGCUGUCGACGCGCUCCUCGCAGGGCCUCUGGACUACCAGAGAUUCAGAGUUACAACACAGGAUCUCUCGGCACACACACAGGGAGGCUGGAGCAGGGUGCUAGUACCUUUGGUGCUACUCGAGGCUUUACAAAGCAAAGGCCAGUCACUGACGACUCUGUUGAAUCUGGGGAUGCGCUUCCUAGAGGAGGAAGAAGCUGCCUACAUCAUCCAGCAAGGAGGAUGGGGUGAGAUCUUCAGCCUCGAGCCAGAGGAGGAGCAGCGAGGCAUCGCCUGCAUCGAAGACAGCAACGACAUUUACAUCCUGUCGGGGGAUCAGCACCCCGACCGGCUCAGCCCCCCCUCCUCGCUGCAGAGCACAGGAGACCACGGCAGUGAGCAGAGCUCCUGGCAGACGGAGAGCCUUCCCGUUUCUCUGGCGGGCCACGAGUCGUGGGCGCAGGUCGGCGCGAUGGACCCCGAGGACGUCAAGAGCCUGGACAGCAACGAGGGCGCGGCCCUGGCCGAGGAGCGCAGCGAGAACAACUCCUCCAACUCCGACAUCGUGCAUGUGGAGCGCGAGGACGCCGAGCUGCUCGAGGAGGGCGGCGAGGUCGGGGCGAUAGACGAGAGCAUGCUGAGCGUGUUGGGCACGGAGAGCGAGCUGGCCGAGCUCAGGGAGGAGUUCGGGGGGGACUCCGCAGACCCGGCGUCCCUGCUCUCAUUGGAGGACGCCGUCGUGAUGGAGGCGCCCGCGAGCUUGUUGGCGGAGCCGUCUCUCGUCUCCUUAGAGCCGGAAGGAGCAGCAGCAGCACCGUUAUCCGUUCCUGCAGUAGAACCGGCGCCCGAGCCAGAACCAUUACUGGCUGCUGAAACCGCCUCAGCACCCGCUGAGGUGGCCCCCCAAUCCGUAGCCAAGGAAACCCCAGCCACCUCAGAACCCGCUCCCGAACCGGCGGAGCCUGUCACGGUGCCCCCCCAACCGGAGGAGCCAGAACCAGAACCAGAGCAAGAGGCCGUGGCGGCUGAGCUUCUUGUCCCGCGGGCCGCGGAGGCCCCUGCCGAGGAUCCCCCCACGCAGCCGGAACCCGAAUCCGCGCUGCAAGCGAUGCUCUGCGGAGGCGCCGCGCUGGCGGUGCUCGCUGGCGUGUUGGCGUACGGGGCCAUGAGCUACCGGAGGAAGUAGAAAAAUCUUACUCAGGGUUGAAGAAUGUAAAUUACACAAUGUUGAGGUAGAAAUAAAUGUAUUAGUACACACAUGGUGGAAGUCUUCUUUUGACUAAAUAAGGCGGUUGUAUCUGCGGUUCUUUUUGAAGGGUUUUACAUCUGUGAAAAUGCCCCCUGGGAACCCAGAUCUCACCUCUACCACAUACUGACUAUUUGCCCUCUAUUACUACUGUGACUCCAACAAAGCACUUUGUUGAGCUCUUUCCUCCUGGUGUUUUUCUUCUCAGCCCGUCGUAUCUUUGAAUGGAGAGUUUGUGCACUGGGUAUGUGAUUCGCGGGUGGUGGGUUUGGCGCCAUUCCAGUUGUGUUGAGACGAAUCGCUUCCUCCCUUCCUCCCACACAGCAAGGCGGCAUCUGUUUUUCUUUGUAGUUCUCUGCGUUUUACUCCACUUGCAACGUACCCGACUCCUGCCACAACCUGCGGUCGGGUCAGUUUGUUCUUUGAAGGCAUUGACUUUCGUUUAUGGUCUCACAUUAACCGAGAAGCUGAUUAGGUUGUCAAGUUUCAACUUUACCUUUAACAGAAAGUAACGUGUUUUAGGGGAACAUGCGACCUUUUCUAUGAAACGUUCAGGAUUGUCUGUUAGAACAUCGUUUGUGUCGAUGUUACAGAACACCCAUGGACUUCCUGCUUUCAAAGGGUGGAUGCUAAGAAAGGUCCCAAACAUGCUUUUUACCCGGAGUUUCAGAUGAGAUUAAUUAAAACAGUAUUUGAGAACGUU